AUGGAACCAAUGACCUUAGGAAGUCCCACGCAUUCUCCUUCGGGUAGUCCAAACGUGGGGUAUUUACCCCCUUUUUUGCUAGGCGAGAUUAAUCCUCCAACAAUUUCAAGUUUAUCACCAAGAACCAACAGCCUCUCCCCAACUAAAGGUCGCAGCCUCGCAUUUGGUUCUCCAACAAGUCCUACUCAGACAUCUACUCCCGAUAUGAAGCUGUACCGUCAAAAUCAAUCAAUGCACCAGCAAGCUCUCUUUAACCAACAGAACUUGUAUCCUAACUUGCCAAACUCUCCUAAUAUCUCAUACUCCAGUAAAACCAACGGCCCUCCCAUAGAAGAUUUAUUUGAUACAAUCAAGAGUAAUGAACCAUCUGUAAAUAAAUCACUGUUUCAAGAGAACAACUUUACAGGCUACGGCAAUAAUAAUUCAAUGCUUCAUAAUUCAUAUAUGAACAAUGUGUCACUUAACAAUCAUUCCUUGACCAACCAAUGGCAGGACGGUUGCCAGGAACAAGAUGAAUAUUGGGUCACAGUUUUUGGUUUCCCACCGAAUGCUGCGAAUACUGUUCUAGCUAGGUUCAGUAAUUGCGGUGCAAUGCUAGAUAAACAAUAUCCAACACAAGGUAACUGGGCUCAUAUCAGAUAUGCUACGAGAGCUGAGAAAGAAAGGGCAAUGGCUUUGAACGGGAGACAGAUUUUGCCGGGAAUUAUGGUGGGAGUGGUGGAGUGUAGGGAACCUCCACGCAUUAGUAUGACCAGCCCUGGAGGAAAUAUGGAAAGGCAAAAUGUUGCAAGAUCUCUGUGUCCUACACCAAUCCCUACUGCUCCAGUGCCUCAAAGAUCAAGUGGUUUAAUAUCAAAGGCUCUAGACUAUGUUCUUGGCUGGUGA